GACAUACAUUCGUUUGGCUUAAUGGAUAUGUAUGCCUUCAUGGUCAUCACUACUGUGGUCCCUUGUAAAUUGUACUAUUUUCAAUUUGGGAAUGAUUAUUGUAGGCCUGAUUACAAAGACCCCCAAACUUCUACCUGAUCGUAACUUGUUAUGUAAUUAUGGUUUCGAUGAGGUAAGACUUAUCACCUAUAAUGGCUUACGAGUUUUAUGGAAUAUUGCUUUUUGUAAUAAUAAAUAUGAAAAAAGUCCUGAUGUCUAAAGUCACCGUGAAGAAAGCUGCAUUGUUUUAUUUGAAAUUGGUGCUGUGGUUUCAAUGUGACUUCUCACACACGACUGCCAGAGGUCACGAGUUCGACUCUCUUGGGCCUAAAGGGAUUGUUGAGUCCGAAGGUGAAGCUGACAACUACCAGAAGGAAAUGGAGAAGAAGAAGUUUGAUAAAGAGGCUCAGAAACUGUGGCUGAGGAUGAGGAAUGAGGUCAUUACUGAACUUCAAGAGAAAGGGCAUAAUCUUGAAUAAGGUGUAAAAGGGAUGUGAUAAAACAAUAAAAACUUGUGUAAUUUAGGCUGUGUAUCAGUUAGACUAAUGAUUCAACCACUCGUACAAGUGUUUCGUUCUUGCUCUUGGGUAAGUAGCUCUUGCCCUUUAUUCUUAGCUUGAUUCAUGUUUUGGCUUAAACCCUUUGGAAUAUAACUUGAUGCUUUUU